AUGUACAGAUAUUUAGCAUUUGCUCUGUUGAUACAGAUCGCAGUUGGAUGUGAUUUUCCUAACGGGACAGAAACUGCACUGCAUUGGUGGGAUUGUGGUGAUGGAACUGUUAAACUGUAUGGCGUGACACCACUUGAUGAAAAUGGUAACUACGUAUACCCUAUUAAAUUGGACCAACCCGUUUACGUGGCAGCCGAUAUCGACAACACUGUAAAAGAAUUUACGGAGUCUGAUCAGUUAUUCAUUGAUAUCUCGAUCUGGCAAUACGGAGGAUGGCUUGGCUGCAAAUGGACUGAAGUACCAACCUUCGGAACAACCUCAAACUUGGCGGCAUGUACAAAUGGUGUAAACUGUCCGGUUCCAACGGGAAAACAGACAGUCCAAGUAACCCUUGACUUUACAGUACAUAAGCAGAUUGUGAACCUGUUGAAAAACGAUGCACCCUACCAGUUGGAGUACCGUGUAACCGACAAAUCAACCGGCAAAUAUGCUUGUGCAGCUCUCCAAGCUAGGGCUUACACUAAAUAG